AUGGAGGCACAACGGCAUAAUUACAAACAGGCGUGCAUUGUAGAUCAGACAACGGUGCCCCAAUUGAAGACUCACACCCUACUGGAACACCAUGCCUCACUUAUAUACACCAGGAAUGUGUUUAUGGAUAUUCUAACGGAGAUCAUUGAGGCUGUUGAUAGAUGCCGCAUAAAGUCAAUGGAGACAGACGACGACGAGCAAUGGUACUCCGUAGAUGACAGAUCUAAUGGUGUGUUUAAGGUUGUGCAUAUAGCGUCUGAAGAAACCAUUACAUGCUCCUGCAAAAAGUUUGUGAGGGUUGGUCUUAUAUGUCGACAUAUGUUUGUUGUUAUGCGAAACGUGGGAAUGAAGUUAAUUCCUUCCAAAUAUAUAGUACAUCGAUGGCUAAAGGCUGCUAGUGCAGAAGUUAUAUCAACUAGCAACAUGAAGUCACGCAACAAGUCAUUGAUGGCAGAGGCUCUUCGUUGUAUUGGCAUUGCAGAAGGGAAUGACGAGCUAGCUGAUUCACUCUUAACAGAACUGAAACGUUGCACAAUGCUUGUCUCCGGCGAGCGGAAAGCAAAAAAUGUUUGA